UCAUCCAGUGCACGGAGAUUCUGCUCAACACUACACACCCCGGAGCGACGGAAACCGAAGGAAAAACCGCGACCUCGCUUUCAGGAAACAGUCGCCGAAAAGCUAGCGCCAAUAGACAGGGAGGGUAACCAGCACUAAUUUUCCGACACAAUUCAUGAAACAUGCAUGCCCUCCAAAAUCUCCAUCAUCGUCCUUGCUUUAAGGUCACUUUGGCCAUAAAAACCCCGGCAACGGACUUGGACAGUCACUUGUCGCAGUCACGAAAAUGAGCUACACGGUGGUGAUUUGUUUACUGGCGGUAUUUUCCUCUAUUGCAGACUCUUGGGAGGAUGAUGAAGGUUUCGAUGCCCAAGUUCUACGGGCUUAUUCGCUCUCGCAAGACGUUGUCGACGAGAUAGCGCGGGAGAUUCGAAAGCCCAGACGACCGCAGGGCGUGCGAGGACAGGGUCGUGCCCAAAGGAACAUCCAGCCCUACGGUUACUCCUACGAUUCCUACGAAUUAGCAGCUGGCCCGAGAGCGGUUCGCGAUGGAGACUUCCAGGAGUACAGCUACCCCGAUGGAGAGCUUAUCUCGUACCGAAGAGAUGCAUGCCAACACCCAGCCGAAGAGCAUGGCGGAUACCACCCCACAGCCACAGCGUUCUACCAGGAAUCAUCCAACCGUGCAAUACACCCUUCGAUAGGAUAUUCAUACGAAAACUAUCAACCAGUAAGCUGGGAGAAACCGCAUUACUAUCUUUCCAGAGACUACGGCUAUAAUCUUUGCCAAUCCAGGGAGCAAGCAAUCCCUCCCUCUGAGUUUGCAGUCUCAACUCAGCCCAUUACAAGCCAAAACUUUCAGUCUAUAUUCAUGUCGCAGCUUGGGUCUGACUCCAUCCAACACCAUGUAGAUGAGUUGCCAACUACAUCCAGGAUAGCAGAUUUUGUGACUGAGGAGCCCAUCUUUCUGUCUAAGUAUGCAACAGAGCACCUGACAGGAAUGAUCACCAACUUUCAAGACUCCUUGCAAAACGAACAUGAGGGCCUGGAUGAAUCAGGUCAUUUGAUACCACAAUGGAAGGUAGCAUCCAUCGAAGGACCCCUGGACAAUAUUUUGUCACCAGCUGAGAUGAUACAGGAAGCAAACCAGAAAUGGUUUUCAAUCAGCGAGCAUCUGCCUGAUUCAAACAUGCGGGUCAAGUCAGUAUUAGAGCCAUUUGAUUCUCAGGUGCCAGCUAUGGUACCAACAAUGUAUCCAUCUCCGAGUAGAAUUAAUCAUUUUGUGCCAUAUUAUGGAAGGUAUUGGGGAUAAAGACUGUUUAUUAAAUAGAAUUUUCCAUAAAAUCAAUUUUCCUUGACCUCGGGUAUGUUCAGUAAUUAAUCUGAUGGUUGGUAGUCAGCUGGGUGGACGAUAGAGAUUUCAAAUGUUCCGGAAAGAAUUAAGAAGAUGGUAAAGGCUAAUAGAUGGAGGGAAGGAGAAGAGAUGGGUGAAUUUUUGCAUGCGGACUAGUCUUCUGAUAAGAUUUGAUUUGUUCUCAAUUUCUUUGACAGAUACCUCAUUUAAUUUUUGCUUACUUAACUUUUUAUGCUUACCUAGUUCUUAUUAUUUCUUUUUAUUGCUUUUAAAUAAAGUUUAUUAUGUAAAAGGAAGAAAAC